AUGUCAAUGGCAACUUCUCCUCACACCACUCUCUUCCAAACCCGCACCACUCCUUUCCGCUUCUCCUCCCCUCGCCCCAUCUCCUUCAAACCCACAUCCAUCAAAUGCGCCACCCAACUCCACACCCAAUCCCCACCCCUCACCCACUCCCAAGAUCGCGUCUUCAACUUCGCCGCCGGCCCCGCCACCCUCCCGGAAAACGUCCUCCUCCGGGCCCAAUCCGAGCUCUACAACUGGCGCGGAUGCGGCAUGAGCGUCAUGGAAAUGAGCCACCGCGGCAAGGAGUUUCUCUCCAUAAUCCAAAAAGCCGAAUCGGAUCUCCGCGCCCUCCUCCAGAUCCCGCCGGAAUAUUCCGUCCUCUUCCUCCAGGGAGGCGCCACCUCUCAGUUCGCCGCCGUUCCGCUCAACCUCUGCUCUCCCAACGACACCGUGGACUACGUCGUUACCGGGUCCUGGAGCGACAAGGCCGCCAAGGAGGCGCAGAAGUACUGUAAACCCAACGUGAUCUGGUCUGGGAAAUCCGAAAAGUACACAAAGAUUCCGGCUUUUGGUGAUUUGCAGCAGAAUCCCGGUUCUGCGUAUCUGCAUAUUUGUGCCAAUGAGACUAUUCACGGGGUUGAGUUUAAGGAGUACCCUGUUGCCCAGAGUGGUGUUUUGGUUGCUGAUAUGUCUUCGAAUUUCUGCUCCAAGCCUGUGGAUGUGUCAAAGUUUGGGGUUAUCUAUGCUGGGGCCCAGAAGAAUGUAGGGCCCUCUGGUGUCACCAUUGUGAUCAUCAGGAAGGACCUCAUUGGGAAAGCUCAGGGUGUCACUCCUGUGAUGUUUGAUUACAAGAUCCAUGAUGAGAACAAUUCACUCUACAACACCCCUCCCUGUUAUGGGAUUUACGUGUGUGGGUUGGUGUUUGAGGAUUUGUUGGAGCAAGGGGGGUUGGGGGAGGUUGAGAAGAAGAAUAAGAAGAAGGCCGAGAUUCUCUACAGUGCAAUUGAUGGGAGCAAAGGGUUCUAUAGGUGUCCUGUCGAGAAGUCUGUGAGGUCAUUGAUGAAUGUGCCAUUCACUUUGGAGAAAUCAGAGUUGGAGGGUGAGUUCAUCAAGGAGGCUGCUAAGGAGAAGAUGGUUCAGCUCAAGGGACAUAGGUCAGUGGGAGGUAUGAGGGCUUCUAUUUACAAUGCCAUGUCCUUGGCAGGGGUUGAGAAGUUGGUGGCUUUCAUGAAGGAUUUUCAAGCCAAGCAUGCUUAA